CGAACAUUGAGCAUUGUUAACCUCUUAAGCUGGUAUUUAAAUUCAUCCAAAUGCAACCUUAAGCAUUUCGGAGCACCAAAUUCAACAACCGCCUUCGAAGAUCAAUCAACACCACCAGAUCUACGAUUUCAAACUUACAAAAAUUCAAUAUCUGCCAGUAUGGAAUUGCAAAUCCCAAUUCCACACUUACCUAACGAAGUUCGCGAAGAGGUUUUUCGGGAAUUUGUCAAGCAGGAUGAUAUAAUCACCCCAGGUGACCACAGCCAAAUCCUUGACACAAAGUUGAUGCCGCUCAUGCAGGACAUGGGCGAGGACUGGGCGAACCGAAUUCUCGACAUGUACUACCAGGAGAACACCUUCCAACUGGUAGCACCGGCUCUUAAUGAUCUGAGGCCACUCCAAAUUCCCCCCUUCGCCCAUCGAGUCCGCAGUGUCGAGCUGGUCCUGCCGAUUGUGGGGUUCUGGAACGACAUCCACCCGUACUUCCACAACUUCACUCGGGAUCGUGGAUGUAUGCUGCAAUAUCUCUUCACGAUGCAGCGGCCGCUCACACGGGACGCCCAUACACAGAUCGGCCUUCACCCAGUCACGAACAAUUUCGCGGUACAGCAAGGGCCCCCAAUCACCACGGAGUGGUGGGAUAGGUUUCCCAAGAUGGCGAACCUCACCAUCAAGUUCUGGAAGCCAGCUUCAUGGGGUGACUGGUUCGACACGUGGUUCGAGACGUCCAUGGGGUACCGCGAGUGCUCGGUACAGCUCGUAAAGCUUCGCGAAGAUCUGCGAGCUCCUCGUUGUCCUAACGUAUCGUUCAAAUACGAGGACGGCGAGGAGAACGUGGGACGCAGAGAAGAAGUCGAGGCGGAGAUGCUGGCCAUCUUCGAGAAGUCCCGGUCCAAGCAGGACGUCGCUUGA